CUUGAAAGGCUAUGACUCACAUCAUAUCAUAUCACAGAUGGGGCGAACUUCCUGUGAUGAAGUGACGUAUGAGGAGCAUGGUAAAGAGAAGACAAGGAAACUUGGAGGUAUAUCCAUCAUACCGGUAAAUAGUGAAAAAUACCUCACAUUUGGAUGGCGGCAAUACCAGUUCAUUGACAGUCUUGCAUUCCUGAAUACAUCUUUGGAGCGGCUGGUCAGCCUAACACCCCAAGACAAAUUCAGAAUCCUGGUUGAUGCGUUUCCGGACCCAGUACAGCGUGCUUUGGUAUGCAAGAAGGGUAUUUACCCGUACGAGCACAUGACAGGAUUUUAGUGCUUUGAUGAAACACAGCUACCUGAAAAAGGAGCUUUUCACUCGUCCCUCACCGGGAAAGGUAUUACGGAUGAGGAGUAUGCCCAUGCCCAACGUGUUUGGACUACGUUCGCAUGUCAGGAUAUGGGUGACUAUCACGAUGUUUACCUCCUCACAGAUGUCAUCCUGUUGGCUGAUGUAUUUGAGAACUUUCGCAAGACAGCAUAUGAUACGUAUGGUCUGGACCCAGCCAACUAUCUUACUCUACCCGGCCUGGCCUGGGAUGCACUUCUGAAGCUGACGAAAGUUUCUCUUGAUCAGCUCAGUGACGUUGACGUGUACAAUUUCGUGGAGCAUGGCAAGCGCGGCGGUAUCAGCAUGGUUUCGCACAGGUGGUCGAAGGCAAACAACAAGUAUCUACCUGAUUACGAUGAACAACAACCAAGCUCCUUCAUCAUGUAUCUCGAUGCGAACAACUUGUACGGGUGGGCCAUGAUGCAACCUCUGCCUGUUGGACGGUUCAAGUUCCUGUCACCGACGGAUGAGUUGAUCGCUGAUAUCCUACAGCACCCAACCGAUGCACCUACGGGGUAUCUCAUCGAAUGCGAUUUGAGGAUUCCCAAAGAACUACACGAUUACUUUAACGACUACCCGCUGGCCCCAGAGCGCUUCAAGGUGACACAUGAUAUGCUAUCACCGUACCAAAGGAACCUGACAGACCAGCAAAAGGUGAUUGGUUUGGAAGCAACAAAGCUCAUCCCCAAUCUCCUCCCCAAGCAACGCUAUAUCCUGCACUACAGGAAUCUACAACAGUAUGUGGCUCUCGGUGUCGAGGUGCCUGAUGUUCAUCGUAUCCUCUCAUUCCGUCAAGAACCGUGGAUGCGUUCUUACAUUGAGAAGAACACAGAACUGAGAAAGAUGGCCACAUCUGAUUUUGAAAAGGAUUUCUUCAAGCUCAUGAAUAAUUCUGUCUACGGAAAAACAAUGGAGAACGUGAGGAAGCGCAUCAACCUCCGUGUGCUGAGAGCAAACGAGGAGGAAAAGAAGAUUCAGCGACGUAUUAACAAACCCUCGUACAUUCGGAGCGUAGUGUUCGAUAAUGAUCUGGUAUCAGUCGAAUGCUCAAGGGAGAAGGUCACUCUAACGAAACCCGUGUACGUAGGUGCAACGAUUCUCGAUCUAUCGAAGUUAUUGAUGUACGAUUUCUACUACAGUGUGCUUCAACCACGUUACGAGGAUAAGCUUCACAUGCUCUAUACGGACACCGACAGUCUGGUAUUAUCUGUAGAGACCGAAGAUGUGUACGUGGACAUGCAACAGUAUGGUGAUGCCUAUGACACGUCUAAUUAUCCCGUGGACCACCCGCUUCACAGCACCAUCAAUAGGAAAGUUGUGGGUAAAUUCAAAGACGAGCUGGGAGGGCAGCCCAUCGCCGAGUUUGUCGCCCUUCGGAGUAAGAUGUACGCGUAUGAGUGUGCAGGAGGUAGCAGUGACAAGUGGGCAAAAGGUGUCCAACGCGAGGUUCUCAAAUCGUUGAUCACAAUGGAUGAUUAUCGUCGAUGCCUCACACAACAAGUACAAAUGAGUCGAGUGAUGAAUGCACUACGCAGCCGCAAGCACCAUAUCUAUGGCGAGAGUACCCUGAAGGUAGCACUCAGUGGCUUUGACUCCAAGAAAUACAUCCUGGAGGAUGGAGUUCACACGCUGGCCUAUGGGCACAAGGGCAUUUCUACGCAUUAG